UAUUUAGAACUUCACGCGCGCUCGCGACAUCUAUUGCUUGUUUUUUUUUUUCAAAAGUUGAGGAUCGUGCGAAUGCCUUUGAAUAUACAUGGUAAUACUGAUUUUGUGCAAGUGUCUUUCUCACGUUUUGGCUAUGGAACACACUUUUUCCAAAUUUGCUUUUUCAGGUAGCACAACACCAUUAGAAUCUGACAGCCUUGCAAUGAAAACUUCUAUUGCAUCAGAUGCAGUCCUGGCUUCGGAGGCCUCUAUUGUGCCCAGUUCCUCGCAAGCAUCAAUUGCCUCUUUAACGGAUAAUGCCUCGCUUGGCGUGAAAGCCUCUACAACCGAGAGUGUCUCGCUUGGCAUAAGUGCCUCUACAACUGAAAGUGCCUCGCUUGGCGUGAAAGCCUCUACAACCGAGAGUGCCUCUCUUGGCAUAAGUGCCUCUACAACCGAGAGUGUCUCGCUUGGCAUAAGUGCCUCUACAACCGAGAGUGCCUCGCUUGAGAUAAGUGCCUCUACAACCCAGAGUGUCUCGCUUGAGAUAAGUGCCUCUACAACCCAGAGUGCCUCGCUUGGCUUGAACGCCUCUGGAGUUGUUUAUCCGGAAUCCAUUUCUGCAUCACCUGCAGCCACUGUCCUUGCGGUCAGCAGUUAUAUUUGUAACCCAGACUGUCAUGGCACCUGUGAAGGAGAGGCGCAACUUAACGAGUGCAAUGUUUGCUAUGGGGGCUUGACGGGGAAGUACAGUAAUGAUAGUAAGGAUUGUAACGGCACGUGCCACGGGGCCGCAACCUUGGAUAGCUGUGGCAACUGCACUGGGGGAACUACGGGCAAGACCGCUGGCUUUGCUAAGGAUGCGUGUGGUGUUUGCCAUGGUGAUAGCAGUUCAUGUCAAGGGUGUGACGGCGUGCCUAACAGCGGCAAGGUGAAGGAUGCGUGCGGCAUAUGCGGAGGUGAUGGAACCAAAUGUACUGCUCUGUCCGGGCUGAAGUGUCCGGCUGCCGAUAAAGCGUCCGCCGAGGUCACGUUCUACGGGGGGGGUCUGAACACUGGCACUCCUACAUGUAAAGUGCUUGACCCAAGUACUGGAGCUGUACUACAAACCGCGCAAGCUACCAAUGCGACCGUGACACAAGCGUCAUGCACUCUCACAGCGUGGAGUAGUUUCACUGUCGGCCAGUAUAACUUCUCAAUCCACCUAGAAAAAUCGGACGGAACAGUGGUGAACGUGUCUAAUGUCCUGCAGCUGUACUUUUAUGACAGCGCGUCUAUAAAGUUCACCAGAAUCAGUCCUGAGACGGUUCUGCUUACUGAUCUCCCAAAAGAUGUGUUCAUCACUGGAAGCAGGUUUUUCUCUGGCAGCGAGCAGUACUGCUAUUUCGGUGACGCUAAGGUCCCUGCUACUUUAAUGAAUGACACUACUCUCAAGUGUACUGUACCGACCUCAUCCGUCUCGUCUCGUCCUACCGUUGCUGUCACCUUGAAUGGAGGAUGCAACAACUUUACCACAAGUCUACAACUGACCUUGCAAGCUGCAGCUCCAGAUUUGACCAAAGCUCAAUUCACAGACAACGGAGCGCAAAUCCAGGCGACGUUCAGUACUGAUGUGUCAACAGCUAGCCUAACCACGUGCUCAGCUAUCCUAGACAGCGCGACGGUGGCGAAACUUGGGACCGGCCCAACGUGCUCCUGGACGAGCAAGUCUACGCUAGUGAUCACGACUGGAACUUCUGCUACUAUCAUGCCAAGCGAUAGCCUAACCCUGAAGGACGACGCACUCAAGGCCGACGGGCAGACGUAUUCCAGGUCUGCCUCUGGCUCCGUCACAGUUCAGAGUCCAACGAAUCCAGCUUUUGGCGUUCCAGUUAUUAGUGGUCCCCAGUACCUCUCUGUUUGUGGCAACCUCUCACUAACUGGUACCCAGUCCUCUGGUGGCGGCGGCAGAACUAUCAAGUAUCUAUGGCGACUCAAGACUCCCCCAUCAGGAGUUAACGUCACCGCAUUGAACUCCUAUCUCAAUGGAAAGAACGAUUCCACCCUUGACAUCGAUGGUAGCCUGCUAGAGUCCGGAAAAGAGUACGAUUUUGAGCUGUGCGUGUCGAAUUUUCUGAAUUACACCAACCCGAUCUGCGCUCUACACAAGGUGACGAAGACCUCGGUGGCCGGGCCAGUGGUGACAGUGUCUGCGCCUCUAAACGACCCUGUUGCGAAGACAGUGCUGGUCUCGCAGGAGUUCUUUAUCACAGCCAAAGCGGAGGCUGCCUCGUGCUCUAACAUCUCCACACCUAAGAUAAACUUUGAGUGGCGCGCGUCCUGUGCAGACUCAGUGGCCCAGACGGCUAUCGAGGGCAACGCUGACUUCACAGCAACAAAGAACACAGCAAACCUGAAGAUUGCUGCGCGCGUGUUACAGGCCGGGAAGAUGUGUACUUUCACUGUCAAAGGAAUCAUAGCAAGCCUGCUGGACGUUUUCUCUGAAGCAUCAGUAGACAUCAACCCGCGCAGUACGCCUAUCACCGCCAUCGUUGCUGGAGGUAACCGAGAAACCGGUCGAACCUGCAGCGAGCUACGUCUCCAAACCCAAGUAACGGACCCUGACCAGUUGGCCGGUGACCCGAGCUGUACAUGGGCGUGUCAGACAAGCGCCGGGGGGUCUUGCGGGUCAGCCACGAGAGUCGGACAGGCCAUUAGUCCGGCCAGCACAUGUGACUCCAAGGUCACGUGUGAGGAGUUCAGGGUGGGCACCACAUACAUCUUUACGGUGACGACAAUCAAGGAUUCUCGUAGAGCUACGGCCAGCACUCAGGUAAAGGUGGUCCCUGGGAGUCCACCGGAAGUAUGGGUGGAGCAGGCCGAGGUCAAGGUCGCGGUUUCUGAGGAAUUCACACUGAAAGGAUUCUUCAAGACCUCAUUAGAGCCCAGCCUCAUACAGUGGACAAAUGUAACGUUGGACGGGUUUCUGGUUGCUGCCAGUGGAUCUCUGUACAAGUCUUACACUGCAAACCAAGCGUCGCUGGCGCAUUCUAUCUUCCCGCCAAACUUUUUCACCAAAGGCGCAAAGUAUCGUUACGAGCUGCAAGUGACUCUGGACGGCACUGUGGGAAGGGCAUAUACUGACGUUAUCGCACGACAAGGACCUACAUCCGGGACACUGGUAUCUAGUGCUGCUAGUGCCGAGAUCCUCUCUGCCGUAACUCUUUCAGCGGGCGGCUGGGUAGCAGAAGAUGACGGUGCCAAACCUCUGAAAUACACAUUUUACCAAGACAAGACGGUGGUGUACUCAGGCACCUCGACUACGGCAAGCGCUACCGUAUCAACGGGGAGGUUCUCUGUACAGGUGACGGAUGCCUAUGGAUCAACAACCAUUAAAUACCUAAACAUCACCGCGACCACGCCCACCAAUACCAGUGCGGCUGUGUCUAGCGUCCUUAGCGCUGCGCAGAGUCUGAGCGAGUCUGGCGAUGCGGCGGCGGCCGUGGCGAGUCUUGCGAGUACAGCGAGUUAUCUGGCAUCUACUAAUGCAUCAGCGGAGCAAGUGCAAGGCGUCCUUGACGCUAUCACAAACACGGCAAUCAGCGCCGCCAGCUCUCCUACAGCUGUGAUCUCCCCUGAGGCCUCGAAGAUAUACAUAGAUACGCUACUGGCGAACCCCCCUAAGAACGACUCGUCAAAGUCCGACGCUCUCGCGAGUACCAUCACAAACUGCCUGAAGAGCUAUGCCAACCCAGACGAUGCAUUUUUAAACAAGACGGCAAGUCUGUUGGGAACAUUGGACCCUACAGCGAGCGCCGACUCAAAAGCCAAACUUCAAGAUGCAUACACCCAGUUGGCGCUUCAAGCCGCUAAAGUAAUUUCCCCUGGAGAGAAAAAGUGCUAUGAAACAGACCACAUAAGCAUUCAAGUCGAGCUGACGACUGGGUCAACACCAGUCAGCGGCUGCGAUGGAACCCAAGCUACCGUCCCGACAAGCGCCUUCUGCAGCAGUUCUCCCUGUGAGCCGAUAGCUACUACAGUUUCAAGGCCGAAAAGCCCGAUCUUACCUACGGGCGAAGCAACAUUAAAUCCCGUUAUGACAGUGGAUGUGUACCUAGCCUACAGAUCAGGCAAACGUCUGAGUGUGAGUAACCUUGUCGAUCCUGUCACCAUUGUGCUAGCCGUUAGUACCCAGCCUCCAGACGGUUACACGUACCAGUGCAAGUUCUACGACGAGGCCAACAAGGUCUGGUCAACCCAAGGUGUUACUACUCAGUUCGCCAAAGGAGGGGACGUCACGUGUCUGAGUAAGCACCUUACCAUGUUUGGUGCAGUUGUGGUCCGGGAGACACUUGACAUCAAGACACCACCGCCGGGCGUGGAGCCGGCAAAUCACCGACUUGCUGUCGAGAUCAACCAGGCGUUCUUCACCAACGGCUGGAAUGACACAGUGAUGGCCAGUACGUCCAGCCCUGGGUACCAGGCCGCUUUGCAACAGGUCCAGAACGCGCUCGCUAAGAUCUUCGCCAACCAGUCGUACUAUGGCGCCAGUGAGAUGGUCCUGUCAUCAAAAGACGGAAAAGUGUUCUUGACAGCGCUCCUAAAGUUCUCUCCCAACACCACUGGGGUACUAGAAGCGUUCAAGGCCGGUGUGGCGAAGGAAGGAUAUCAGAUUAACAGCAACUCUGCUGUUGUGACGAACGAAUCUGGUUCUACCGUGCCUGUGGUAGAUAAAGAUGAUGACGAAACUGCUGCAAUCAUCGGCGGGACCGUGGGGGGGACCCUCGCUUUACUGCUGAUGAUAGGGGCGGUGAUCUAUCGAUCCAAGGCCAAUGCUAACAAGGUCGUGGACGGCUCGGCAAUACCGAUGUCCACAACGGCUUGACUCGGACGAACAGUCAGCAUUUAACAGUCACACUGCACGAACAGUCAGCAUUUAAGAGUCACACUGCACAUGUACCUCAACAAUGUACAACUCUCGAGGAAGGAUGUUAGGAUA